UCCACAUAUAUAGCGCAGGCUUAAAUCAAACUUCCAAAAAAUGCGUCUAUUCGACGUUCUAGAAUACAUAUUUAUGGGCCUUUUAGCGUAGCGUCCGGGGUAGCUCCCUGCUAAUUUCCAUAGGUGGCAUCACUAUCGGCCCGUCGUCAUUGUGCCAUAACAGGCCUGUAGAGCUCCCACCAGUGUUUGCGACUGCCCAGCGCCCUUCAACAUAUAUCUGUGUCUCCGACACUCACGGAGUCACACGUUCACACAGAAACCGGGACUCACCAUGGCGCCAGGAAUUGCGUCCGCGAAAGUGACGCUCUCAUAUCCCCUCUACGCUUGCGACUUCGACCCCAAUGAUGCAACACGGCUUGUGGUAGCAGGAGGCGGCGGCGCGGGCAAGAAUGGAGUUGGGAAUAAAAUUUCAGUCCUCGACGCCUCAGAUCCUGACAACUUGGGAGAAAUCGCCGAAGCGGAGCUCAGCAAAGAGGAGGACAACCCCACUAGCUUGGCCGUGAGCAAGACCGUCAGUGGCUUCACGUUCAUCUAUGCCGGCGUCAACUCCAGCACCAAGGAUGUCGAGAAAGGGAAUAACGAGCACUUCCGCGUCUAUGCGCUUGGCAAGAAGCAGAAGAAGGGCAGCCCGAUAAUCCAAGAGGUUUCGAGGGAACAGCUCUUCAAGUCGAACGACAAGGCGACAUACCAGCGACUAUUGAGGUUGUCGCGGCCGUCUGAGAAGGGCGUCCAACUCGGCGUUGUCGCGACGGGCUUCGCAAACCCCUCGAGGCUCGCCAUCUUCGACACAUCAGAUGGGAAGAAGAGCUUGAGCUCCCGCGGGGUCAUCGAGCUGGAUAGGGAGGCAGAGGAUGUGGAUGUCAUCCAAACCGGCCUGGAGGAGUACCGUGUCGCAUACUGCGACAACCACAGCAUCUUCCUCAAGACCAUCUCUCCCCAAGCGGAACUCGAAGACGCCAUCUCAAUAUACGACAUGCCUGACUCCAUCGGCGAGCGCGAACCCGGCUCCCCACCACCUUCCUCAUUCCGCUCCCUCUGCUUCCUCACCCCCAACUUCCUCGCCGUCCUGAUCAACAAACCCGCGCGCACCGGCGCCCAGAUCCGCAUCCUGCGCAUCACGCUCGAGCCCACAGGUUACGUAGCCAACCCAGCACAGACGCUCUUCCUACCCAAGAAAGUAACACAGGCAACUAGCCUCGCCGUCGCGAACCUGAAUCCCCCGCCAAUAGCGGGUGGUGUACAGGAUAACGCGCGCUUCGUGCUUGCGGCUGCCGACCAAGCCUCCAUCUCGAUCGCGACGUUGGGGUACGCGGUCUCUCGCGCGGUCACGUUAAUGACCGCACCGAAGCUCUUGACGCGCGUUGAAGAUGUACACCCGAUGCAAAUCACCGGUCUGGCGUUCGCUCCAUUCACUCCAACGGAGAAAGAAGGCUCAGCUCAGACGCUGCGCCUGGCCAGCGUGAGCGUAGGCAACACAGUCGUCGUGCAAUCCCUCCCCCUCUCCUUCUCACAAGAAAAGAAGCAUUACCAAAUCGCCCUCAAACCCGCCGGCACAGCUCCUGAAUUCGGAGUCCGCAACGCCAUCUCCGUCCUGGCCAUCGUCGCUAUUGCCAUCCUCCUCCAAACCAUCCUCGAGCUGGGCGGCCGUAGCCCCCCUAUCCUCCGCGCGGAAGAGCGCCUCCCGGCUACCAUCCGCAACUAUCUCACCACGCGCGAGCCGGCCCACUGGCAGAGUCCGAACGAGGGUGCGAGCAGCGGUGGUGCGGCGAGCUAUGAGGCGUUCGCCGACCAUCCUGUUGCAUCGCCCCUGGCCGCGCUACGCUCGGAAGCCGCAGAGGGGCAGCCAAUUGUGAUGAGGCCGGCGGUUGGAGAGCGUGGAGCCGACGAGGAGACGGAGAAGCUCGCCACCUUCAACGCCGGGGAUGAGGAGGGUGCGAGAGAGGAGAUAGAGCGGGAUAUCAAGGCCGGCGCUGGGGGGCCUGGUUGAUGCCCACCUGGACAAUAAGGAGGAGCAUGGCCCGCAUGAUGGGAGGACGUGGGAGGAACUUGGGGAGGAACAGAAGAUGGCCUGGGAGAGGAGGCUGAGGGAGAUGGGGCAUUGGGCGGGGGAUCUUCCGAAGACGCUGUUCAAGG